AUGGAAAACCCCAUUUUUGUAUUCAUACCGGGCGCAUGGCACACUCCGGACACCUUUGAUCGCCUGCGUAGCCUCAUGGCCGACCAAGGGCUCGAAUCAAUAGCCAUUGCCAACCAUUCCCUCAGCACGCAGCAUUCGAACAGCGCCCACCCGAUCAGCGGUCUCCAUCUCGAUAUCAAGCACACAAAGGCCGCCCUUCAGAAGUUGGUCAACCACGGGCGAGAAGUGGUAGUCGUCAUGCAUUCCUACGGUGGAGCCGUCGGCGCGAGUGCCAUGGAAGGAUUGGGGUAUGCGCAGCGAUUAAAGGCCGGGCUUCGAGGUGGUGUAAUAAUGGCCGUGUGGAUGACAGCCUUCGUCGCGCGCAAGGGACAGUCGAUGCUGGAUCUUCUCGGAGGGAAUUGGGAGUCCUGGAUGCGAUUCAAGAACGACGACGGCUAUGUUUAUACCUCGAACGAAUCAACCGUGUUCUACAGCGACCUGACUCUGGAAGAACAACAGAAAUGCAUUGCUUUGCUCAAGCCACAGCCGAUGGCGUCCUUCACGGAGCCGGCGCUAUAUGAGCCUUGGCAUGAUAUUCCUUGCAUGUAUCUUUUCUGCGACAAGGACCUAGGAAUUCCGCUGGCGGCUCAGAAAUCGUUUGCAGAAAAACUAGGGACUCCAGUGACUUUUCAUAUCGAUGCCUCCCACUCACCAUUCCUGAGUCAGCCUGGCAAGGUGAUCGAGGGAAUCAGGCUGGCACUGAAGGCCGGUAGAGAGCAGAGUGGAUUCGCAAAUUGA